GAGGAAGAAAAUGGGAUGACUUUUCUUUAAAUAAUAUUUUAAUUGAGUCACCUACAGCAAUCGAAAGCGGAAGAAAAGAAGAAGAAGAAUAUGAGAGAAAUAAACAACAUUAGGGACACACACACUCAAUUCAAUUUGAGCCGUUGAUUUUCCAGAUCGCCGGAGAAUGGAGAUGUGAUAACCAUUCACACCUACUCUCUUACUCUCUCUCUCCCUCUCAUAUUACUUGCUGAGCCCUUCCUCCUCUGGUUUCCUCGAUCCAUUUGUCUUUCUCUUCAAUGGCGGCUCCCAGGAUCCUUACCGGCGAUGGCAGUGUUAGGUUAUUGAGAGACGAAGAGAAUGCAAAGGAAGAAGAAGACGAUUCUCCAUCCGGAAAGAAGCCCAAAUUCGAUAGGUUUCCCCUCUCUCGAUGGGAGUUCGCCGCUGCCAUCGGUGUCUUCUUGGUCUUCAGCGCUGGUCUUUUCUGCAUCUACUUGACGAUGCCUCCUGCCGAGUAUGGAAAACUCAAGCUGCCAAGGACCAUCUCGGAUCUUCGCGUGCUUAAAGAUAAUCUUGCAACGUAUUCAAAGGAGUUUCCGGCGCAAUUCAUUCUGGGUUACUGCUCCACGUAUAUCUUCAUGCAGACCUUUAUGAUUCCUGGGACAAUUUUUAUGUCCUUGCUAGCUGGAGCUCUUUUUGGUGUUAUCAAAGGUCUUUUCUUGGUUGUCUUUAAUGCCACUGCUGGAGCUUGCUCGUGCUUUUUCUUGUCUAAGUUAAUAGGAAGGCCUUUAGUUAGCUGGUUGUGGCCAGAAAAGUUGAGAUUUUUCCAGGCAGAGAUUGCAAAGCGCAAGGAAAAGCUUCUUAAUUACAUGCUUUUCUUGAGGGUAACUCCAACAUUGCCAAACCUUUUUAUCAACUUGGCAUCCCCAAUUGUUGACAUACCGUUUCACAUUUUCUUUUUGGCAACUUUGAUUGGUCUUAUUCCAGCAGCAUAUAUCACAGUCAGGGCUGGCCUUGCUCUCGGGGAUCUGAAGUCAGUUAAAGAUCUAUAUGAUUUUAAGACAUUGUUCGUGCUUUUCCUCAUCGGUUCCCUCAUCAUAUUUCCUACCCUUUUGAAGAGGAAGCGAAUUUAUGAAUAAGAACACACUGUCAAAGGGGGCUUAUUAUGUGCCCCUACACACUAAAUUGUAAGCUCUAACAAUUAUAUAGAUUAGUUUUAUCCAAAAGAUUAUAUUGGAAAUUGUGGUGUACUAAUAUAGUUAAUUUCAUUCUUUUAAUAGAAAGAUGGGUUCAUAUACAAAACUCAGUGAAGCAUAUUUAAGAAUUUUGUAAUGUUAUGCACCAUCAUCAUGUACACAACAACAAUUCAUGCUUCUUUGUUGUAAUGGAAAAAAUGUUAUUACGGACAGGGUUAA